AUUGUAAAUAGAUUAUUAACUAACUAAUAAUCUACGACACCUCAGACCACUUUCUCCACCUUUCCAUCCUUCCUUUCGCAAUUACAGUCAUCCAUGGCGGCAUCUCGGCGUCUCCGGGAGCUGCAAUCCCAACCCGGCAACAAGAUCUGCGUCGACUGCUCCCAGAAGAAUCCACAAUGGGCUUCAGUCUCCUACGGCAUCUUCAUGUGCCUUGAGUGCUCCGGCAAGCACCGAGGCCUCGGAGUCCACAUCUCCUUCGUCCGAUCUGUCACCAUGGAUGCCUGGUCCGAUAUCCAAAUCAAGAAAAUGGAAGCCGGUGGUAACGACAGUCUUAACAACUUCCUCGCACGGUAUUCGAUUCCGAAGGAAACCGAUAUCGUUACCAAGUAUAACACCAACGCUGCUUCGGUUUAUCGUGACAGGAUUCAGGCGAUUGCUGAAGGUCGAUCGUGGCGCGAUCCGCCGGUUGUUAAGGAGAAUAUUGGUUCCGGGACCGGAAGUAAGGGGAGGCCGCCGAUGUCACAGGCUCGCCGGAGUAAUGAUUCCGGAUGGGAUGAUUGGGGUAGAGAGGGAAAUUCUGGAGGUUCGGUUGAUGUGAGGAGUAAGUCGACUGGGGAUUUUAGAAGCUUGAACGGUGGUGGUGCGCCGUCGAGAUCGAGGUCGACGGAGGAUAUUUAUACUCGGUCACAGUUGGAGGCGUCUGCGGCGAAUAAGGAGGGUUUCUUCGCGAAGAGGAUGGCGGAGAAUGAGUCGCGACCGGAGGGACUGCCUCCGUCUCAGGGUGGGAAGUAUGUUGGAUUUGGAUCCAGUCCUGCGCCUUCUUCGCAGCGGAGUAAUCCGCAAAACGAUUAUUUCUCUGUCGUUUCGCAGGGGAUUGGUAAGUUGUCAUUGGUUGCUGCUUCUGCUGCUAAUGUUGUUCAGGCUGGCACGAAAGAGAUCACUUCUAAGGUCAAGGAUGGUGGUUAUGAUCAAAAGGUCAACGAAACUGUUACUGUUGUCACUCAAAAGACAUCCGAGAUUGGUCAAAGGACAUGGGGUUUAAUGAAAGGGGUCAUGGCUUUGGCUUCACAGAAGGUUGAGGAGUAUACUAAAGAAAACUCAGAUUGGAAGGCUGAUAACUGGCAACGAAACGAGAGUGGUAGAAAUGGCUACUAUCAGGAUUUCAAUCAAGAGAACAAAGGCAGUAAUUCUUCUACUGGAAGAGAACAGUCUUCAUCAGGGCAAUUCAAAACUCACAGCUCAAACUCUUGGGAUGAUUGGGACCAGAAAGAUAGUUUAAAGGUAGAACCAACUAAAGGAUCCACUCCUUAUUCAUCUGGUGGGCAGUCUGGUAGUCACAAUCCAAGCUCUUGGGAUGACUGGGACCACAAAGAUUCUAGCAAGGAAGUACCAGCUAAAGGAUCGGCUCCGCAUAAUAGCGAUGCUGGUUGGGCUGGCUGGGAUAAUGCCAAAGAUGAUGGAUUUGAUAACUUCUAUGAAGGUGCAUCUAAUAAGAAAAUUGUUGGACAUAAUGGGAAAUCUGAUGACGCUUGGACUGGGGGUGGCUUUCUCUAAGGUUGGUAGAUCAUGCAAAAAUCUUCUUUGUUCUUGGACCAGGUUUGAUCCAUCCUUAUUACCAUUCUCAAGAUUGUUCAUUUGCUACAAAAAAUACAGCAGCGUUCGGAGUGAUGACACGCAGGCAAAGCUGUGGUGCAUCUUAAACUGUUAUGCAUGUGAAAGGAUUGUCAACUGUAACUUAUUAGUGCGUUUUUUAUUUUUGAACACAGACCAUAUGUGCAGAAAGAAUGAUUUUUGAGGUUAGUAUAUUUUCAGCAAGAACUUCUCUAGGUUGCUCUUUGUUUACUUUUAAGUUUUUUUCCUAUGUAACAUUUUGGGAACCUCGGUUGGAAAGAUAGUUUUACUUUUAA